AUGGAUAAAUUACUUAAAAAUAAUCGAGCCGAUAGCGAAAGAAAUGAAAAUGAAAAUGAAGAAAAAGGUGAAGAUAUUAUCAAUACUGAAGGAGAGAUAAAUUACCAAGAAGAAUGUAAGGAAUUACUUAAUCAAGGACUCGUGAUGUUUGAAUUUCAGGGAGAAUUAGGAACAGAAUAUGAAGAUAUUAAAGGAAAGUAUAUUGGAAAAUUACAAUUAAACGAUAAAGGAAUUCCAAUCAUAGAAAUAGGACGAUGGUUCAUAGAAGGAAAAAUAGUUGAAUUAGAGAAACCUAUUAUGGUUGUCAAACGCGUUCCGUCUUUAUCAGAUCAAAUUGAACAAAUUGAUCCCAAUAAAAAUGUUAACCUGAAAUCAGAAUCAUUUUUGCUUGCUGAAAAUUUUGCAAGAACGGUACGGAUGAAUUCAAAUGGCAAUAAUAAUGGAGAUGAUAGUUUAAAAGAUAAUAAUGAUUUGUUUUCAUCACUUAAUCAUGACAAAGUUCUUUCUAACAAAAAAGUUUACGUUGAAAAGAAUUCUAAAGUUGGGUAUGAUGUUGUUAAGGUGUUUAGAAAGGUUUUAUUGUUUAACAAUAGACCAGUUCCUUUAAGGGAAGGGUGUGAAUUGUGA